GGGUGGGGUGCUCUAGGGAGCGGGGAUGAGUCUAGUGGGCGGCUUCCCCCACCACCCGGUGGUGCACCAUGAGGGCUACCCUUUCGCUGCCGCCGCCGCUGCCGCUGCCGCCGCCGCCACCCGCUGUGGCCACGAGGAGAACCCCUACUUCCACGGCUGGCUCAUCAGCAGCCACCCGGAGAUGUCCCCCCCCGACUACAGCAUGGCUCUGUCCUACAGCCCUGAGUACGCCAACGGGGCGCCGGGCAUGGACCACUCCCAUUACGGGGGGGUGCCGCCUGGGAACGGCCCGCCCGGGCUCGGGGGGCCCCGGCCGGUGAAACGCAGGGGCACGGCGAACCGCAAGGAGCGGCGCAGGACUCAGAGCAUCAACAGCGCCUUCGCGGAGCUGAGGGAGUGCAUCCCCAACGUGCCCGCAGACACCAAGCUCUCCAAGAUCAAAACCCUCCGUCUGGCCACCAGCUAUAUCGCCUACCUCAUGGACCUGCUGGCGAAGGACGACCAGAACGGGGAGGCGGAGGCUUUCAAGGCAGAGAUCAAGAAGACAGACGUGAAGGAAGAGAAGAGGAAGAAAGAGCUGAACGAAAUCUUGAAAAGCACAGUUAGCAGCAACGAUAAGAAAACCAAAGGGAGGACUGGCUGGCCGCAGCAUGUCUGGGCUUUGGAGCUCAAGCAGUGAGCACGACAGGACUGGAGGAGCCGUCCUCUUAGUCUCGGUAGUGAGCUCUCCUCUGAGGACUCUUUGUAUUUGGAAUAAUCCAGUUUAUUUAUGUGCAAUUUCUCCCCCAACCCCCCAAAAUGUGGAUAUUUGAAGGAGAGGGAAAAAGCAUUCCAUAUAUGAAGAGGAAACUCCAGCUUGGUAAGGGGUAAUGUCUCUAAAUGUUUCGUGAAUGUUAUUUGCUCUGUAUAAAACACGUGGGGAAAACAGAACCAUAGAAAAGGAAAAAAAAAAUCCCUCCCUGGCAUUAGUGUGUAUGUGAAGUGUAUCUUUAAUACUUGGCCUUUUGGAUAUAAAUAUUCAUGGGAUUAUAAAGCUAUAUUUCAACAGAAGCAGUUGCACCAAUGUUUCGAUUGACUCGGUAUUUAGUGUUGUAAUUUUGUUGUGGUCGUUCAGUAUUUGAAGAUGUUUUCAACAGUUAUUGGUUAUGUGCACUUCCGUCCGUAAGGGAAAAAGUGGAAUCUAAUUAAUAAUGAAGGUGUAAACGUUGUAAGUA